UACGUCCUUUCCUUCGUUUACGGUCAUACGGGAUAUCCCAACCAAGGAUCACCCAUCGGGAUCGCCAUCCUCUUCGUUAUCCCCUCUGGAAUCAUCGGCAUCACGACCCAAUCCCGACGCUCCUGCCUGAUCAUCGCCUAUCUCGUGAUGUCCAUCUUCGCCAACAUCAUCGGUUUCAUCGGCGUAGUCAACGAGGGUUUAGUCGCCGGCUUGUUCUCCUACAAGUUGGUCUGCUUCAGUUACUUCUGCUACUGGGACUCUUUCGACGUAGCCGUCAUCCUCCACUCCGUCUGCGCUGCCCUUCUCUUCAUCGAGAGCGUCGUCGCUAUCGUUGCCUCGGUGUAUUGUUGCAGAGGGCUGGUAUGUUGUCGGGGAUGUUGCUGUCACAGCGAUGACGGGAACUUGACGACGACCCCCGUUGCGAUGAGCACAGCUGUAUACUACCAACACGCUGAUGGAACUGUAGUCCCGACUGUAGUGAACACCCAACCGGCAAACCCCGUCUAGAUCAAAAAUUUAAAUCAACCACUCAAUUUCGGCAAAAUGGUCCCU